CAGUCACACGUAUGGGGAGAUCGAAACAAUGAAAAAGUAAAUAAGAGAGAUAUUAAUAUCUCCACUCUUUCUGGACCCCCAAUCCCCCUUUUGAAAAGUGAUAAAGAUUCUUGUGCCUAACAAAACAACUCUGCAUUUGCAGCUUUCCCACAGCCAAUGCUGACCUAAAAAAAUCUCUCAAAGAAACUCCAUUUCAACUAAAAAACAUGACUGAAGUAAAAAAAGAUGAAGAAAAUCAUCAUCAGCAUGUUUGUGAUUUUUGUGGAAACAACACAGCACUUUUGUAUUGCAGAGCAGAUUCAGCUAAGCUCUGUUUUACCUGUGACCGUGAAGUUCAUUCAACUAAUCAGCUUUUCACUAAACAUACUCGUUGGUUGCUCUGUAAUCAUUGUGAUUCUUCUCCAGCUUCUAUACUCUGUUGUACAGAGACCUCUGUUUUGUGUCAAAAUUGUGAUUGGGAAUCUCAUAAUAAACUAUUGUCUCUACAUGAAAGAAGACCACUCGAGGGGUUUACCGGUUGUCCUUCUGUUUCUGAGCUGUUGUCGAUUCUUGGAUUUGAAGAUUUGGGGAAGAAGGAACUUUUGUGUGGCGGUGAUGAUGGAGGUUAUGGUUUCUCUGAUUGGGUUAUUUGGGAUACUCCGUCUGUUGUUACUCUUGAUGAUUUGAUUGCUAAUAAUAAUGAUUCUGGACAUAAUUAUCAAGCUAUUGGGGUUCCUCCUCUACCGAAGAACCGAAAUGCUGCUUGUGGAAAACACAAGGAAGAAAUACUUAGUCAGCUUCGCGAAUUAUCAAAGUUGGAACCAAAUUCGGGUGAUGAUCAAGAUGAAAAUGUACCAACUACAGGAUUUCAAUCUAUGGAACCUGUACAAAAUUGUCCGUUGAGAUAUAAAGGUUCGGGAUUUAUGCAGAGUUCAGAUCAACAUGUAGUUCCUUCAUCUGAGGGGAGCGCCUUCCAUUGGCACGGUGAUACUGGUGAAUUCGUAGAUCAAGGCUUUUCUUCUUCUUUAACGGACUGCUUCAUUGAGACAAAGUGCUUACUACCCGACAGAGAUUCAGAUGUUUGUGAUGCUUCUGGUGGAGGAAAUGAAGAACAAUCUCAUCAUCCUCCCACUACUGAAACAUUUCAAAUGGUACCUAAAGUCGUUCAUCGCGAGUUAAACAGCCAAGAAAGAGAAACUGCUGUGUCACGGUACAAGGAGAAGAAGAAAACAAGGAGAUAUGAGAAGCAUAUUAGGUACGAGUCAAGGAAGGCUCGUGCAGAAACUAGAACACGAAUCAAGGGACGUUUUGCCAAGAUGGAUUACAGGGAUUCCUCCGUGCAUCAGUAAUGUCAAACGUUGUUUGUUUUUUUCCGAAUCCAGGACAUUCUGCUUGAAGAUCAUCGGUAUACUGUACUGGAAAACGUUUAGUCAAUUCUGUCGUGUGGACUGCAAAUCUUUUAUCAGCUCGAUCGCAGGAUCUAUAGAGGCAAUUAGGGUGUCUAUCUUAUAUUUCAGCAUGUAUUUAUAGACUAUAAUAAUUUGUAAAGCUAAAAGAAGUUGAUAAAAACAUGUAGCAUAGAAAAGGGGUAAAAAAAACAAUGAGAUUUUUAGUAUAGUGUUUUGUGUAGCUUGUUGUGUAUGUAGGCUUUUGCAGUUCAGCUUAUAUAUACAUUCAUUCAAAUGUUUAUCAAAUUAGUGAACUUUUGUA